AUGCGUGCGGCCGCGGAUGGUGCUUAUCACGCCUCAGCAGCGGGUGAUUCGUCGCCUGUUGUUGUGAAUCGUCCACGUGGUGAGUCACCACGUGCGACAGGUACAUCCGUUGCGUCUGCAGCGGGUACCGCGAGUCGUAAUCAAGACGAGUCUGAGAUAGGGCUCAUCUAUUCAGGCAAGUCGGAUGAUGCAUCCAACUCGAAGACGACUCCUCACGCCUCCAGAUCACCCGGGGCAGACACUGCAAGAGCAAGGUUGACUUGCUCUGGUCAACGUGGCCGCAUCAUGCUAGAGAUUUUCGAAUCGAGCGAUUAUUCCGACGAAUCCCCGCCUCACGCAAGUCCAUCCAAUGAUAGGACGCGUGGGGAUCCUUGUGAUGCACCUAUACAUCACCACGAGCGAAGUAAUUCGAGGGAUCGGGGUAACACUGGUGCCAGUGCUCAUGCUGGCACCAAUCAAGAGGCCAGAGACCGAAGUGUCCUGCGCUACGCUCCUCAACUGGAGUCUCCGUGGAUGCCGCCCUCCAGAUAG